AUGGCUCCUUUCCCGAUACGUGGAGCUACAGCUGUUUCGAGCAUCAUUGAUAAGGAGCUCAAGGGCUCCAUCACAGACCACUUAGACCGGGAACGGCGCGUCCGCCUCGCAUUAUGGAUUUAUGUCUCCAUCACUGUCGGUCAGCUUCCCUCUGAGGCGAACUCUUGGGCGAAUCUACCCAACGAGCUCAAAACCUUCCGCGGAGGUCUCCCAAAGAAACUUCGAGAGAGCUUCGACGGAUUUGACAACAGUCGACACACGAAUAUGAAGAUUGAAUUGGGCUUCAAAGCAAGAUUUUAA